CUUCAAAAACGAAAAAACUAAAAACCCCUUACUUCUAAAAACCAAAAGCCGAUUCAGCUAUGAAGAUUCCAUCACGUUCACACGUCCACAUGCUGUCAUACCUCGUCGUGUUGUUGCUUCUCCCCUUGCUUGCCUCAUCAGCCGACCCCGAUUCAUUACAGGAUUUCUGUGUGGCGGAUAAAAGUGCCAACUCUAUAUCAGUUAAUGGCUUCCCUUGCAAACCUGCCUCAAAAUUAACAUCCGAUGAUUUCUUCUUUGAUGGUUUGACCAAAGUGGGUGACACGUCAAACAUCUUUGGCUCAAACGUCACUGCAGGUAAUGUCCUUUCUUUUCCUGCACUCAACACGCUUGGGAUUUCAAUGAACAGAGUGGACAUUGCUCCGGGAGGACUUAAUCCACCCCACACUCACCCUCGUGCAACCGAGAGCGGCGUGGUCAUCGAUGGGCAGGUACUUGUGGGGUUUGUGACAACGGGGAAUGUGUAUCACUCAAAAGUCUUGAAUGCUGGGCAGAUGUUUGUCAUUCCUAGAGGACUUGUACACUUCCAAAAGAAUGUUGGAGUAGGGAAGGCCCAUAUCAUCACUGCUUUCAACAGUCAGUUACCUGGGUCUGUGGUCCUUCCCUUUAACCUAUUUGCUUCAACACCCUCGAUUCCAGAUGAUGUUCUAACUAGGGCCUUCCAAGUAGAAGAAAAGGUUAUUGAAUCUAUAAAGUCGAAGUUUAGUUCUUGA